GCGAGGGAGCUGGCGGAGCUGCGGCGCGGGAGGGAGGAGGAGAAGCGGGGCCGGUUCUUCAACCCCUUCGAGUCGGUCUCGGCGCCGCAGCAGUGCGAGUCCUCCUACGACUGCGAGGCGCCGAUGGUCUGCUGCGACCUCAUCGUCGCGUCUGUCUGCUGCUCUGGCGCGCGGCCCCCCUGCGGGAUGCUCAUCCCGACCAAGUCGCCGCAGCAGCGGAUGCAGGAGCAGGCGAUCCCAAUCCCGGUGGAGCGCGACCAGCCCGGCGCCCCGCGCAUCCCGCCGAGCGGCGGCUUGCCGCCAAACUACCCCGGCGGGCCUGGUGGGCUGUUUUGACGCUGCUGUGUUCUGUCUGUGACUUGCUCUUCUCAGUUGACCCUGUGGGCGUGCGGUGGAUGUGCUGCAUGGGGCCGGCGGGUCGGAGUAGCUGCGCGCGCUUGGUUGAGGCCCCGGCCGCCCGCGCCAAAAGCGAGGCGGGCGGGGCUUUCUCGAGGAACGUGAGGGCGCGCUGAACUUGGGCUGUGGAGAUGAAUGAUGUGGGCCCGGCGGGUCGAGCAUGUGAGAGAGGGAGGUGACUGUCAAUAUGUGGUCAUGCGGUCCGUGGGGCACGCCGUGGGCCUUGCAUACGUACACGAGAAAAAUAUGCUCUGGAGAGAGACCUUGACAAGAAAUGAAUUUAAG